GCUCAGCUCGGUGCGUGUGACUGGCCCAGCCCCUCUUUCCUUUCCUCUCUUCUGCUCUCCCGCCGGGCGCCUGAGGGAUAGUUACUUAGCGGUUCUGAGGAUCCGCUGUUGUUUCGGCAGGGAACCGCCGCCGCCGCCGCCGCCGCCAGGGAAUCAGCAACAGCCCCCUCCUGUCCUCCUCUGUCUCUCGCUUUGCUAGUUAUGGCCAAGGAGGAGAAGAAGCCCUUCAGCCAGGCUAUGGCCGAGUGGCGGCAAUUCAUCUACAAUCCGAACAGCGGCGAGUUUCUGGGGCGGACCGCCAAGAGCUGGGGCUUAAUUUUGCUAUUCUAUCUUGUAUUCUAUGGCUUCUUAGCUGCACUCUUUACAUUCACAAUGUGGGUUAUGCUUCAAACACUGAGUAGUGAUAUACCCAAGUAUCGUGACCGGAUUUCUAACCCAGGGCUUAUGAUUUCACCAAAGCCAGAAUCUGCACUGGAAUUCUCAUUAAACAAAAGUGACUCAGGAACUUAUAGACAGUAUGUGGAAAACCUUCAAAAAUUUCUAGGAGCAUAUAAUGAAUCAAAGCAAUCCAGAAACAUUCGAUGUACUCCAGGAAAGGUCUUUAACCAGACUUCUGAUAAUAAGUCGGCAUGCCAGUUUAAUCGUGAUAAGCUGGGACCAUGCUCUGGACUACAGGAUGAACAAUUUGGUUAUGACAAAGGAACACCAUGUGUUAUUAUAAAAAUGAAUAGAAUAAUUGGAUUAAAGCCUAAUGGAAAACCUUAUAUAGAGUGUAAUGCUAAGGAAGGGGCUGCGAUACAGUAUUUUCCUGAUGGGGGAGAAAUUGAUUUGAUGUAUUUCCCAUAUUAUGGAAAACGCUUACAUCCUGACUACUUACAGCCACUAGUGGCUGUUCAACUAACAUUUAACAUGACCAAUACCAAAGAAGAUGUAACUGUUGAAUGCAAGAUCAUGGGAGCAAAGAAUUUUAAAAAUGACGAUUACCGUGACAAGUUUCUGGGACGUGUUUCCUUCAAAUUUCUGAUAUCUGAAUAGAAGUUACCAGUAUCUUCACAAAGUAAACCUUGUGUUCUUUUUCGUAUCAGCGGGACCUGCCAUUCUUGGAGAUGAGACCACCUUUGAGAAGCUUGGGGUGGAACAUGGCAUUCAGGGUAGCAUAAUAAUGUGCUUCCAAAUCAUGUUUUAAAUCCCUCACAAAGUUAACUGCCCAUCAUGCUUUUGCCUGCCUUGUUGGACCAGUGUACAGACGUAGUCAUUUUAGGGACCUGUAAAUAGCUUCCAAACAUGUAAUCAUGGUGGUCUUUGUCCUGUUCCAAAAUGUGGGCUUUUCCCCCAAGUGAGUGUCUCAAAUGUGCUGUGCUAUGCUAUGUAAAUAUUGUAUUGGUUUAACACUGGUUUAAUUAUCAUAUCAAUACCAACACAGAUAAUUUCAAACUACCCAACACAACACAGUGAGUUGUGUUUGUGCAGAGAUGCCUUAAGCCCUGUAUUGGGUGGGAGGUAGUGGGGGAGAUUUAAGUGGAUUUUAAGUGUUAGUAUUGAUUUUUGAUAUUAUUUAAGUACUGAACUAGUCUGUUGUGCUUGUCAUUGUGCAGGUAUUGUGUGUAUGUGUAAUAUUUGGUCUAGCAUUGAUAUUUUAGUUGAGAAAUUGACUGUUGUCAUAUUGUUAAUUGCUUGCUGUUAUGUUAUGUGGAGCACAGAUAAAACCAAUACAAUGUCACUUUUAAAACUUUUUAGUUGAGAACUGUAAGUAUGAAACAAUUUCUUUACAACGUCUGUGGUUUAGAAACCUGGUAACAACUGUACUACAAAGCUGCUUGAAAGACCAGACCUCACUACGUGGGAGUAGACUUACACUUUCCAAUAAUAAAAAAAUCCCUGAAUGGAGAAAUGUCUAUUAAAAGUUUAAAGCUCAGUAAGGACUGUCUUGAUUAAACAUUCCUUUAUUUAAUUUA